GCGCGGCUGGCCGACAUGAGGUGCCCUUGCGACUCUGCUACCUCUCGCUUCCGUGCACGACUUUUCCUUGACCCUGGUUCCGACUCGCCUACGAUCCGACCACUAACGACACCCGCCACGACGCUCAUCUCGAUACCCGACUGACCUAUUAUUGCGCUUCAUGCAUAUGCUUCCCCCCAUGCUUGCUUCUUUCAACUUCCUCUGCAUCAUCUUCAGCUUCUUUAUUCUGUAUAUGGUCUUAUCGACUGGACGUACAACCGCCCCCUCCCGCUCUUUGGCUUCGCCGACAUACUAUGCUGACUGGCAAAUACCUUAUGCAAUGCACCAUACCACCACCUUCUCAUUCAUAUCCCUGCACACACAAGCAUCCGACCUGCUUCGCUUCACAUCCUUCAUAUGUACAUUCUGCGCACUCCCCACUCACCGCAUCCCUCUCUGUAUCCUUUGCAGUAACUGCCCCCUCACGAUGGCUUGCGCACGAUGUCUAUAUGGCCCCAGCGAUGUAUCCGCACUCUUACGAUCCCUCACGAGCCCACGUACCUACUUUCUUUCUCUUGCUUGCUCCCUUCCCGACUGUGCAAUGUUGUUCUCGUUGUUCAAGGCAGGCUUUCUCUGCUGUGUAUAUCAUGCCGUGCGGUGCACGAGUUGUACUUCUAGGCAUAGGGCGUACGUAUACGUAUACAUUACAUGGCUGACGGGCUGCUCUAAUGACGAAACAAUAGUAAUGCUACUCUAGGUGGUGAUCGCGGGUCAGGCGAAGGUGUAGAUAACAAGUCCGAGGUAAUGGAGUUGUAACUUGGUGUUUGGGAUACAGUGCGGUUUGGGGGAUA